CGGCUGUCAUCCACCCCAGCCGGAGGCAGGGAGCCGCCCUGGCCACCGGCCAGCCCUCUCCUCGCUGCUACCUCCCCCGGCCGGCUGCUCCGCAGAGCGGGAUCUUCCUGCGUCCGGUCCUACAAGUCACAGAGCAGAGUCACUCGCGGCAGAGCCGUCAGCAGCCCGCGGCAGCAUGUCCGGCACCAAAUACGUAGACUCGGAGGGCUUUUUGUACACGGCGCCCGUCCGGGAGCAGGGCAACAUCUACAAGCCCAACAACAAGAUGAUGGCAGAUGAGCUGAGCGAAAAGGCAGUGCACGACGUGCACACCAAAGAGAUCGACCUGGUCAACCGAGACCCUAAGCACCUCAACGACGACGUGGUUAAGAUCGAUUUUGAAGAUGUGAUUGCUGAGCCAGAGGGAACACACAGCUUUGAUGGGAUUUGGAAGGCCAGUUUUACCACCUUCACUGUAACGAAAUACUGGUUUUAUCGUUUACUGUCAGCAAUCUUUGGUAUUCCUAUGGCUCUCAUCUGGGGCAUCUACUUUGCCAUUUUGUCCUUCCUGCACAUCUGGGCAGUGGUCCCGUGCAUAAGGAGCUACCUGAUUGAGAUCCAGUGCAUUAGCCGCGUCUAUUCGAUCUGCAUCCACACAUUCUGCGACCCACUGUUCGAGGCUGUAGGCAAAAUGUUCAGCAGCAUCCGAUUCACAGUACGGAAAGAGAUUUGAGGGACAUGUCAAAGAGAGCCAUCAGCCUAGGAAGGGGGUUUUUGUGUUGUUUGGAGUGUUUUGGUGCCAGUUUCGUGUUUCCCAAAGCAACAUACAGCAACUGGUGGUGGAUAUACUGGCCCAAAACAAAGAAUCACUUGCUCAGUUUCUUUUUCUACUGUUUAUUCUUACUGGACUACUUGCCUUUUUUUUUCCUUUCUUUUUCCUUUUUUUUUUCUUCCCCUCCAGUCUGCAUUUCAAACUAACCUUAAAUGGCUAUUCUUCCAAGCCAGCUGCAUAUCAUUUUGCUGGACGUUCAAUUCAGAGAUUGAAGUGUUGUUGGAUGCCUUUUUAUCUUACCCUUCAUUCCUUGUGAGAUAAAUCCACAGUGAUACUGAAGAAUGACAAAAAUGCUUUCCAACACUAUAAAGCCAUUCAUUUUAUUGUGGCCAAAGAGUGCAGAGCUAUCGCAGCAGAAUGAACGUGACCAGCUGGCAGGUUUUAGCAGAAUGUUCUUUUUCAAUUGGAUUGUCAGUUGACUGCAGCUGUUUACAGUCAUGGUCAGAUAUUGUGCACUAUGAAUAAAUUAGUUAAGUAAACAUAUUACUGCACUAGUGUAUGUCCUGAAAAUUUAACACUUUAUCAGGCUGUAAACAUUGACACCUAAAAGCUUCGGUGGGUGCCUUUCUGUCUCAUUCUCUCUUGGAAGUUUGCAUCUAGUUGUUUAUCAGUCUUUGCUAGGAUUGUAGAAGCAAACUGCAAUUGAGAGCUCUAAAACUGGUCAUAAUGGAAAUGUUUUCCUGACUGUGACUUAUGACACGUCCCUUAGCGACCAUUUAGGUGCUUAUGUCAUAGGCUUCUGGGGUAUUUUUGCAAAGUGUUCUUACAAAUACAUGUCACAGGUAUGCCAAAGAUAAUCUUGAGUUUCAAGGAAAAUGAAGGUGUGCCAAACAAGCCACGGGAGGCCAGGGAGGAGCUGCCCCAUCAUCUUUCGAAACUUCCCUAUCAGCAGAAGUCAGCCUGCCACUAGCAUGUAGAUUGUUUUCAGGAUGCUUUGCUGAGUUUAAACUUAUCCAUCAAAAGAGAUGGUUUAGAAUCUUCGCAUUUGUGUGUUGGUUUGUUCAUUUUUAGCUGACCUGCCACAUCAGGAAGUCUUAGAGGGUGUUGUGUGAAACUACCGUGUUGCAAAGUGGAAGGCCUCUGUAGCAGAGACUUUGCAACAUGUUCUGAUGCUGUGACCUGCAAGAGCUUUUUGCCCUCAUGAUAGUACUGUGUUCAGAGAUGCUCUCUGCAUCCUCAUCAGUGUGUGUGAAGCAUUUGUAAAAAUAGUUGUGAGGCUAAUCAGCUUUAUUGUAAAGCAAGCUGGGGCCUGAGCCUGCUCCAGCUGCAAUUUCCAGCAAACCAGUUCUUGCCCUCCAGGUGUGCAAGAUUUGGCCCUUGGGAUGAACAUGGAGCUCUCUGGUACACCUAUAGCUUUAUUAUUUAGCGCUGAUAUUUCACAUACUGCUUUACCUAACAUGGGAGAGCCUUCGGUUCUAUUUCUGCCAAAGCAUUGAAAACUUUAGGAAAUGCUGCAUUUUUUUAAGGGGGAGGGAAGGGGGAAGAGGGAAGGGGAGAGAGGGUGCACAAAAAAAGUUACAAAACUAUUAACUACUAUUUGCAUUUAAAACAGACACUGGUAUGGAUAUAGUUUUAUGUUUUUCUAUGUACAUAAUGAAGAGUGUACUAUUAUAGAUUUUUUCAGUAUUAAAAACAAGCAAGAUUGUAAACAAGAAAUAUUUUAUCUUUUUAUGAGGAAAAUCACUCUGAAAGAAACCUUGAUUUACGAUACAAACUGUGUAUCCUGAAAGAUGUCUGUUCACUUAGAUUCUUAGUCCCUAAUCUAAAUACAUUGCUGAUCCAAACAUUUACAUUAUUGUUAUACGCUUACAGAUAUAACUGGCACUUUUUUUAAAAUUCUGCAUGUACGUUAAAGACUACAAUAAAAAGAUGCUUAAUGAUA